CAGUUGUCAAACACUGCGACUUCAAUUCACACUGUUGUUCAUCGAUUUACAAUCAAAAUCUUGAAUAAUCGCAGAGCUAAAGUGGUAUUUGUUUGAGUCAGUGCAUCGAAAAUGAGUGAUACAAGCAUCGAAGCCAAAAGGAGCAUCCAAUUGGAAAUGGAAAAUUCAACAGCGGGUCCGAGCCGAAUUCAGAAUUCCGCAGCAGAUGAAUUGUCAUCGCCUAUUCUCAAGCUGAACAUCGACUGUUUCGAGGAGUUAUUCGAGUGGCUAUCAUUGGCCGACUUGCGUUCGCUUCGUCAAACGUGCAAACGAAUGAAACAAGCCGUUGACUAUUUCAUCAAAAUAAAUUAUCCGGCGGUGAAAUUUGGUUUCGGUCGAAUUUUAAUUGACACCCGUAUUUUACAAUAUUUUGGACGACUUGAUCCAAACAAGUCCAAAAUGAUUAAGCGAGCUUUAGUCGAUGCUUUUGACAACCCCAAAGAUGACAUCGAAAUGUUCAAAGGCAUUUUUCCUCAGUUGGAAAGGUUACAAAUUCGUAUAUACGAUUUUCGAGGCGACUUACACGAAUUGAUCCUCAAAUGGUGUUCAAAUUUAAAAUAUUUAUUUAUUAUUGAAACCGUCGACGAUUUGAUGGGCGGAGAUAAUGAAUGGCUAAAUCGUCAGUAUCCGACAAUUGAACACUUCACCGUGGAUGACAAUGAUGUUCUCCUCUCUGGAAUGGCUGGUACAUUUCCCGGGCUGAAAACAUUCUUCGAAUUGAAUCCAAAAAUUCAAAUUUUUUCCACUACAAUGCAACUUCUACGAAAAAAUUGUAACUAUUUUUUGGGAUCAAACAUCAAAAUCAACCAAUUGAAUGUUCACGGUGACUGUUCUGCUGAGAAUGGUAUGGAUGAAGUUUGUGGUAUAUUGAAUCAACUAUAUGAACAAGAGUUCCACAAGCGAUUGCAUUUGUUCAUUGAUUACAUCGACAAUCAAACAGAUAUGGACCGAAUCACAUCAGUACGUGGAAUGGAAAAGCUAUAUCUUAAUAGAGUGCACUUAGGUACUGAAGCCACAAUAACACCAACACCAGAUUUACGGGAACUUUGCAUUGAGGACGAUGAAUACUUUGAAAAUUGGCAAUCAAUGGCAACGAAUCUUGUGAAUAUUGAACGAAUCUACUUCAUGCAAGCUAAGGCCGAUGUCAUCGCAUCAUUCAUGCGUUAUGCGCCAAAGUUGAAGGAAAUCAAAGUUCAAUAUCUACUAGGUGGUACACAUUUCGAAAGAGGCGGAGUCAUCAACUUGUCAGGACUGAAUAAAGAGCGAAAACGAUUGGCUGGUGCAUGCAAGGUCACAAUUUACGUUGACGAAAACGUUUUUCUAUCGACGAAAUUCGCAAAAGCAAAGAUUGAAUUCAGUUUGGUGAUACUCAAACGGGUCCAAGCUGUCGAUUGGACUCCGGGAUUUCAAUAGCAUGAACAGUUGCCUAUAUAUCGAAUAAAGUUUGAUUGUUUAAUAAAAGAAAUGUAUGAA